CAUCUCCUAAAAUUCUUUCCACAAUCUCAACGUGAAUUUUGUUUCUCCAGCGGCGGUCAUGGAGGGUUUAAUCACUCAUUGGUGUGUUCCUCGCCCUAAUUUCAUACGCACCACUCUUAAUAGUGUCCUAGCAGAAGACCACACAUGAGUUCAAUUUCUUCAUCAGGUAUGCAAUUUGCAUAUUGAAAAUUUUUCAUAAUGGUGAUCCCUUUUUAUGUCCAUUUUUGCACAGAUUUGCAUAAUUUCUAUGCGAUUUGAAUAUAGCUCGAUAUUGUGGUGCUCGUUCUUGAAUUAUUUUUUCCAGAAUAUUUUAGAGGUUUUAAUUUCUUAUCAUUGGUAAUAUUUGUGUAGGUUGGGAGUUUAUUCUUAACUUAUGAGGGUUUGCAGCUUAUUAGUUAUUAUUAAGUUAUAGCUAAUUACACCAUUUUUUAUGACUAUUUUUCACACCAUGCAUUUUGUAUCACAAAUACUGCACUCCACUCUGUGUGAUGCAUUUACAUAUGGAUGUGGGUUCAAAUCUUCCAUUGACACUUUUUUUACUGAAAGAAAGAGAAAUGUUUUGUAAUUAUUUGAGACUAACAAGAAACAGAUAUGUAACUAAGUAGUUAAAUGAACUUUAAUCUUUUGAAGAUUUACCUUUUUGAUAUUUGAUUCUUUCAUAUCAAAUUGAUUCUUCUACAUCAAAUUGUCUGGUUAAAAAUAUUAUAAUGCAAUAUGUCAUUACAAAAACCUAAUUUAAUGCAUUAUAGUAGCCGAUCAUAUCUGUAUUCAUUUGUUUUAGUAAGGGGCAUGAGUUCCCAUCCAUUCUUAGGGUUCAUACUUCUACUGAUUCAAAAUGAUUGAUCCCUUCUCUGUAAGUCCUCAUAACAUGCAAUUUAAGUGCAUUAUAUAUAAUCUUAAGUGCAUUAUAAAGAAGUUGUUGUGCAUAUUCCGUAGGCUCUAGACUGAUUUGUAAAGUUUGAUGAGUAUUUUAGUGAUUUGUAGUUUAUUACUUUAUGUUCUAUUGAAUGUCAGUUCCUUCUCUCGCCGCCAUGAUUGUCUCAGAUUCCGAUUCGGCUACCCCAUCGUCCAAUUCUCGCCAAGCCGGUCAAUCGGCCUCUGACCGUAACCCCGGCCACACUCCAUCACCCCGGCCGCCGCCGUCGGCCGUGCCUGGCCACAAACGGUGUCGAUUAAGGAAGCAAUACCCUUCCUCAACUCCGGUAGAUGAGGGCUCAAGGGUUGAAUUGGACGAAAACAUCAUGGCGUUGUGCCAUUGUCAAAUUACUGACCGGGGGUUCGCCGAUGCCACUGACAUGGUUGGACCCUCCAUCGAGGUCAUGAGACCUACCAGUACUCAAACUGCUCUAGACGCACCGUCGGGGUUCUUCACGGUCCAUCUAGCAUCUUUGAAGAAGGGGCUGCGCUUCCCACUCCACCCGUUGUUGAUCGAAUUCCUCAACGUGGUGGACCUUCUCUCAUGCCAACUGGUCCCCAACUCUCACCGGUACAUUGCCGGUUACCUGGUCUGGUGCAAAGAUGUAGGGGUGAAGCCGACCUUGGACCAUUUCAUAUUCACCUUCAAAAUGACCAAGGGCCAUAAAGAUUGGGCGUCCUACGCCAGUCUUUCCCAGAGGUCCAGCAAACUCUUUGCUAGUGAUAAGAAGGGGUCAACCAAAGACUGGAAGCCUUUCUUAGUCUUCGUUUCGACGGGGCCCGAAUCUCCUUUCACGGGUUCAGGGCGCCCUUCCUUCCGCCGCAUCCCACGCCCCCCACCUGAUGCCACCCUUUUGUCUAUCACUCGCCAAUUCUGCAAUAAGGGAGUUAUGAACAUCAAAGAGGUGGUGACAGAGGAAACCCUUGCCGGUCGCUUCACUGCAGGGAGGAAGAGGAAGAGAGAGACAAAGGGCCAUGACAAGCGUUCUUCAUCCCACCACGAGGAGAGUCCUUCUCGAGAGCCGGCCGUAAUUGUGGUGGAGGACCAAGAAGAUGCUACCCAGGAACCGGGUACCAUGGCUGGCCAAUCCCCUCCACACCCCGUGAUGCAGGGUGGCGACCUCGUUGGGUCGUCUCAGAGCAUUGCCUUGGAGCGACCCCCCUCACCACCCGCAGUGACCUACGAGGUGGCGACCGGGGGUCGCUCGACGAGGCUCUGCAUCCCUCCCCUGCCCCAAAGCCUAGGGGACGUACAGCUGGAGACUCUGAUCACUCUGCCUGCAGAAGACCAGGCUCGUAUCUCAGCAGGCUCCGAGGACGACCUUGACAACAUGGUCCUUUUCAGGCUCAGUCAGGCUACGCUGGGGAUGAUUGAGGUGGUCAGCCGGAAACGGGGUCGCCAGGCCGCCACGGUCGAGGCGAUGAAAGCAGCCGAGGCCAAGCAGAAGGAGCUGCAGGAGGAGGUCGCUCGACUCACAAGGGAGUUGGAGGAGAAAGAAAAUCGCUGCGCGGCGCUUUCUGUGGAGAAAGCUUCCCAGGAGAACCGCUGCGUCGCCCUUGAGGCAGACAAGGCCUCUUUGUCCUUGGAGGUAGAAUCUGUUUCUGCUCGAGUGGUCGAGCUGGAAGGGGAGAAAUCUGAUCUGAUCCAGCAGUUGGAGGUGGAGAGGAGCGAUCGGGUCCGCCAUGCAGAGGGAGCGGUAGAAUCCUUCAAGUCCUCUCCUGACUUCACGUUAGUCGCGAUGGAGCGGAUGGAAGAGCUAACGGCCGCUUGGCUCAAAACUGAACCUGGGGCUCAAUGGAUGGUCAAGGAGGGGACCAAGUCCUUCAAUUGCGGACUCUUCCACGCCCAACAGGUCUUCCACGACAGGCUGGCCCAGCUCCCCAAAGGAUUCUCUCUCCCCGACCUUGACUUCCCUCCUCCCUGCCGCUCCUUGGCCGAGUUCGACCCCAGUCCCUAUCUGGACGGGGGGAGCUCGAGUGCGUCGGAAGAAGAGGAAGAAGAAGAAGUGGAAGGUGGUCAGAGCGACCAGAAUCCAGGGGCCAGCUUAGCCAUGUCCAAAGCGGUUUGGGCCCAACUCCUAAUCCCGGCCCGUUUACCUGUCCGGGCCCAAUCUCUGGAUUGGCCAUCGUGCCGCCCAAUUGAUCCAAUGCCCUUCACCGUUUCUGAUUGGACCUUCGCGCGGCUCAAAGUUGCUUUAUUGGAAUUCAUGUUUCUCUGGAUCUUUCCGACGGGCCGGCUCCUUCUUCGUCGGAGCCUACCUCCUCCCCCAAGUCAGUCAAUUCCAAUGACUGGGGGGCUUGACCCUUACGAAUUCUGUCGCCGGUUGCCUCGCCGGCAGUGGCCGUCGGUGAAACCGCCGCCACCACCUCCAAACCCUUAUGAAGACUUUAGUGAGGCGUACGAGGCCCUCUCCGCCAACCGCCUGCCUGACGGGCGGAUUGACUGGGAUGCUCCAUGCCCCCUCCAUUCCCUGCAAUGUAUGGCCUGGGAGAGCUUUCAAGAGGAGCACUUACCCCUCCUAGAGCAUGAGUGCGCAUACUACGCAAGUUUUGAGCGAUGGACUAGCGAAAGUCGCACCAGUUCGCCGGUGAGGCCUACGGAGGAGGUUGUGUUAGGGGAAGAACUGGGUUCUUCCCUACCUCGCCCCGCUUGCCAUUCACUUCCCCAGAAGACCCCUAGGCGACCUGAAGUCGCUUCGGGACAAUCCCAACUCCUUAAAGGUGUUGCUGUACAUUACGUUGACCGAGCUGCCCGUAUCGACCAAGGUUCGGUGAACAACCACAUUAUUGAUCUCCACUCUUAUCACCAGAGCGUCCCUGUGAGGGCUGAGGACUGGGGGAUAAUCCUCGUCUGUAAAGAUCAGAGGUUCCUUCUUCUUUCGCUUAGGCAGCGGUGGCCUUUGUACCUCGGCCAGGUACACCAUGUUCUUCCACUUCUUCCGGGAGGAUACCGAAUCUCCUCCAGUGUUUCCUCCCAUGAUGAACCGACACCCCAGGUGUCAGCGACCUUGCCUCUCCUCCUCAUCUAGGUCAUCACAAUCUCGCCCUAGGUGCCGCCGUCCAUCUUUUUGCCCCUCUCC